CUCUAUCUUUGUCGUGUGUUCUUCAUCAUUUCCUCUUUCAUUCAAUCCAAUUUUAAUAAAUUCUUCAACCAACAUCCGUCCAAAUCUCAAAUCCUAUCUACCCAAACGUAUCAAAAAGCAUAAUUCUUUAUCCCAAUCUCCUUAAUUUACACCUCCUUUUCGAUUACAUACGCGAUCUUCAUAGCAAUCGAUUCGAAGAACAGAGGAGAUAAUCAAUCAAUCAACGAUGACUAGGCGAUGUUCUCAUUGCAGCAACAAUGGACACAACUCGCGAACUUGCCCUAAUCGAGGUCUGAAGCUAUUUGGGGUUCGGAUUACAGAUGGAUCGAUUCGUAAGAGUGCAAGUAUGGGAAACUUGAGUCACUGUAACGGAUCCGGAAGCGGCGCCUUCUUCAAUGGAUUUUCCGGUGGCGGCGGCGGCGGCACCGACCUUGAUUCGCCAGGAGAUACCCCGGAUCAUAACGCCGCCGGUGACGGCUACGGCUCGGAGGAUUUCGUUGCCGGCUCGUCUUCAAGCCGUGAAAGGAAAAAAGGUGUUCCAUGGACGGAGGAAGAACAUCGGAUGUUCUUAUUAGGUUUACAGAAGCUCGGAAAAGGGGAUUGGAGAGGAAUCGCGAGAAACUAUGUGAUUACACGAACACCAACUCAAGUCGCAAGUCAUGCUCAGAAAUUUUUCAUCAGACAAAGCAAUAUCUCAAGAAGAAAACGACGAUCCAGCCUUUUCGACAUCGUCGCCGACGAUUUCCCGUCGCAACCGGAGACUCAAUCAGUCAACAACCCAUUAACCAUCCCGACUCUAGAAGAAGAAGAAUGCGAGUCCAUGGAUUCCGCUAACUCAACAACCGCAGAUCCCCAAAUCGACCCCACACCAACACCUGCAACUGUAAGCGUAAAUCUCGAGGGUAGUUCUGGUUCACAGUGUUUGAUUCCGAUGAUGUUUCCGGCCUACGUUUCUCCGAUCAUACCAGUUGCUAUUCCGUACUGGCCUGGACCCUCUUGUCAAGAUCAAGAUUCCAUGGCUAAGACUGAAGCUCAUGAAGUUCUGAAGCCGACCGCUGUUCAUUCAAAGAGUCCGAUCAAUGUUGAUGAUCUUCUCGGGAUGUCGAAGCUGACAUUAGGUGAUGGUGGUGGUGCUCCGACUUCACUGAAAGUUGGAGGGCUGAGCCGGCAGUCGGCGUUUCAUGCAAGUAACCCUGGUGCUAGACCUUCUUCUAAAAUGGAUUCGAAUCAUAGUCCUAUUCAUGCGGUUUAGAAGGUAAAGAUUUUAGGGUCUCUGUUUUGGAUUAUGUUUUAGGGUUUAGUUAAUAGUUAUGUUUGUAAGGUUUUACAAGAUCAGAAUUCAGAAAUCUAUAUAUGUUAUAUGUAUACUACAAGACAAUAAUUUUAAGCUUUUUAGCCUGAUCAACCCUCAUGGAUUUGGGGGUCCUAAAGUUAUAAAUGAUUCCUUUGCUACAAUGGACCUAAAUAGUAACAUGCUAUGAUGUUUGGUGUCAUGGGAAGUGAUCAAUGUCGCCAAGUUAUAUCCGGCUCCAAUAGCAUGGGAAAAUUGUGUGGUUUUAUGAAACCAUGUGUUAUGGCUUGAAUCUUAGUCAAUCCUAUAUUCAGAGAGAGACAGAUGUCAACUGAAUCCUAUUUUUCUAUUAUUUUCAUAUGCGUAAUAGACGGGGAAGGACGUAGUAAGACAAAAUGCUCUGUAGAGUUGAAAUAAAGCAUAGCUCUGGAGAUUUCCGAAUAGAUUAACCUUUCAAACUAUAAUUGAAUCUAUGGAUAAGAAAGAGACAACUUUAUGAGCUACUGAAAUCUAUGGAUAAAACACUGACAACCUGAUGAACUGAGACAUCUUACCGGUUAGAGGAAAAGAAAACAAAAAUGAUUCAUGUAGUAGCCGCGAGCAUAAAAUGAGAUCAACCUAAACGGUGAAAACUAGGAUGUGGAAGAGCAGUCCGAGGAAAAGAAAAUAAAAAUGAUUCAUGUGGUAGCCGCAAGCAAAAUGAGAUCAACUUAAAACCGUGAAAACUAGGCUGUGGAAGCAGGUGUCGUGCUACAUUGAAUGUACUCUAUGCUACAUUCAUCGUACUCUACGGAUAGAUGAAUAUAUAAACCGGAUAUAGUAAAAUAAGAAAUCGAAAGAUUUUGUUGAAAUUGUUCGUUUGAAAAAAUUUCCUGAAAAGCUGUAGAUAUAAUGCAAGUCUUUGUAGAAAAAACAUCAUAAAUGAUCUUUAUGGUUUCUUCAGAUCUGAAGUUUAGUUCACGUGGUUUAAAAACAUUAUAGCUGG